GGCGGAGCGGGGCAGCGAGAGCCGCGGCGGGCAGCGGGGAGCAGCGCCGGCCGGUCGUGCGUCCGUACCCCGCGGGUCUGCAGCCGCUGCUGGGCGUGGAGGGGUCCUUCUGUUGGUGCUGCCUAACCAGCCAGUCCUUUAAAUGCAUUCCGCCAGCGAUCACACAGAACUGACAAAAGGAGAAGGGAAGAUGAUGUCCUCGGAUGGACUGCGGAAGACCAUCAGUAGCCCGGUCAUGCCUUAUGUUGGGACAAUACUUGGUGGCCUUCUUCCUGGAGAGCUGAUUGUGAUACAUGGGAGCAUUCCUGAUAAUGCAGACAGGUUCCAGGUGGAUUUACAGUGUGGCAGCAGCAUAAAUCCUCGAGCUGAUGUGGCAUUUCAUUUCAACCCCCGCUUCAAAAGGUCUGGCUGCGUUGUUUGCAACACACUGGAGGGGGAAAAAUGGGGCUAUGAGGAGAUCACUUAUGAGAUGCCCUUUCAAAAAGGGAAGUCAUUUGAGAUUAUCAUCAUGAUUUUAAAGGAUAAAUUCCAGGUGGCUGUGAACAAGAAACACUUGCUGCUCUACAACCACAGAAUUAAACUUGAAAGAAUAGAUACUCUUGGAAUAUAUGGCAAUGUGCAUAUCAGAACUAUAGAAUUUGUUUCUAAUUCUUUACAAGACUCUCAGCCAUCAUCUCUAGGAGUAACAAAUAUAAACACAGAAAAUGGGAAAAUGCUGGAAGAUUCACAACUUGAAGUUCCUUACGUUGGGAAACUUGACACUGCGCUUUGUCCAGGACGCACAAUUGUCAUUAAGGGAGAAGUGAAGAAAAGCCCAAAAAGCUUUGCAAUAAAUCUGAAAACAAGUGACUCAAAGGACAUCGCAUUACAUCUGAAUCCUCGCAUGCAAAAGAAAGUUUUUGUAAGAAAUUCAUACCUUUGUGACAGCUGGGGAGAAGAGGAAAAGGAAAUUGGCUACUUCCCUUUCAGUCCAGGGAUGUACUUUGAGCUGAUCAUUUUCUGUGAUGCCCACCAGUUCAACGUUGCUCUUAAUGGUGUUCACAUUCUGGAGUACAAGCAUCGUUUUAAACAACUUGAAAAGAUCACCCUGGUGGAAAUCAUAGGUGAUGUUCAAUUGUUAGGUGUGAGGAGCUGGUAGUCCUUUUCAAAGAAUACUAAAAGAACCAAACCGCUUCUAAUGACAAGGUCUCCUUGUCAAGUACUAAGAGCUGUUGACUGGGCAUGAGCCUGCCUUCAUCUUUCUGGGCGGUUGCAUCUGUCUGCUUGAGUUAGGUGAGUGCCAGACCAGAUAUACUGCAAGACUAAACCCUCCUCUAGUUUACAGUACCCUGGCAGGCUAAAUAAGUGUUUGCUCAGAUAAAUCUGUAUUACUGAACCUAGCUGUGAAAAUGGUGUGUCGUACUCUAUCUCACAGCUACACUCAUGUUUAAGUUAAAUUACUCAUCAGCAUUCCCUGGUAUCCUUCAUUCAAUAUUGUAAAGUAGAAACAAAACUGAAAUAGGAUCUGAAGAUGUGGUUAUCCACCCCAAAAGGGACACUAACUUAAAACAGAAUUAAGAAAUAUACUCUUCUGCUUCGUAGUUUGUAUUAGCAACUCUAAGCUUCUUAGUGAGGCUGGCUUAAACAAACAGUUGAUCUGUCAGUUCUAGCAAAAGGCAAGGAGGAAUUUGAUCUUACAUCUUAGUCUGCUGCUGCUGUAGGAACUUAUUCACAAGUGUCAUAACCAUGAGUGGCUUAAAUCGAACAUGUAGCAGCCGGAAAGCUUUUAGCUUUCGCAAAUGAUUGAGCUGGUUCCAGUUGCAUGACAUUUUAGAAGCUUGUUUGAUGUGAAAUGUCUCCCAAGCAAGUUGAGAUUACUCAGGGACUGAAAAUAGAUGUUUGUGUGUUUCAUUUUUUAAAAUGUGAACUCAGGUACUCCAGGCAGGGUUUCAGCUGACACGAAGAAUUUUCCAGUCUUGUAUUAAAAGACUAUCUCUGUUCCUUUCAAUCAGUUUUUUGUACAAAUGUCAGUCCUACUUUUUGUACUUUUAAAAUUAGGUUGCUACUGGCUGUCACUACAUACCUGAGGGAUAUUCCUAUGUAACUUAACAGCUGCUGAAAGAGUGAAGCAAUUUCAAUAAUAAGAUGCACCCUAAAAGACUGCUUAAUUAACACAUUUCAUGUAUAAAAAGCAUAAAUAAACACAUUUGUGAACUAUC